AUGGCAGGUCACGACCUUGCAACCACGACGGCGUCGCUGACGCCCGGAGAAUCCAUCGAGGGGCGGCUGCUGUUCGACACGAUGCUGGAAGUCGAGCCAAAGCAGCAGCUCGGCCAUCAGCUGUACAGCGCGCUGGCGCUGCCCGCCGGCACCAAGGACCUCGCACACCCGAUCUGGUCGAGGCCGGCGCUCGAAGGCGGCAGCGUCGACUCGGAGCAUGCCUUCCCUGCAGCCGAUGCUGCCGGCCUCAAUGGCGGGGUCGCUCGUCACUCGGUCUCUUCGCGGCUGCGACCGGGAUCCCACGCUGUCCCGUCGCUCGCCGGCAGCCGGGUGUCGUCCAACUCGGCGUCGAGCCCAACGUCGGGCCUGUCGAGCCCGAUCGCCGGCUCCUUUGACGUUCACCACUACAGCCAGCAGCUCCACCAGCAACUCAAGCAACAACAGCAGCAGCACCAACAGCAGCAACAGCAGCAUCUGGAUCAGAAGCGAGCCCCUUCGCCGACCCACAGCUCGAGCGAAGGCGGUGCGGGGAGCAGCCGUGCAGUCUCUGGGACUCAGUCGCACGCCAUCACUCCGCCAGACUCGGGCCGCUCGACGCCAAGCGUACCCAACUCGCUCCAGUCGUUACCGCGCAACCAGGUCCUAGAGACCCACAAGCUCUCCCUCAACACGCAUCUGCCGACGGGUAAGCGCAUGCUCAACCAGUACAUCAUCGAGGGCGAGCUGGGUCGUGGCGUCCACGGCAAGGUUCGGCUGGCGCGCGACACCGAGACCAACGAAAAGGUCGCCGUCAAGAUCGUCGAGCGCGAGAGCCGCAAACGCCUCGGUGCCGGGCUCGGCAUGCUCGGGCGGCGUGACCGCUUCCGCAGCGACAGCGCCAAGAGCCGCGAGGCCCUGGUGUCGUCGGCGCUCGAGCCUGCAUUCGCCCCGACUGCAAACGCGUCGGCGACCAAGGGCAAAGGCAAGCGGACGCCCAACGCGCACGAGCCCGCGGACCAGCACUACUUCGGCCAGCUCGCAGCGGAUGGCGAAGGACCAACGGAGAUGGCAGACCCGCACAGCGACGGUCCGAUCGCCUCGUCGCCGUCGGCCCGCUUUGCGCCGCUGCCGACACCGGCUCGGUCGCCGUCGGCCGUGCCUCGAUACGGCAGAUGGGGCGACCGUGGCCCCUCGCGCCCGACUUUCGCCGACAAGGAGCUCGAGCGGCAGCGAGAAAAAGAACGCGAGAAGGCCAAAAAGUCGCUACUGUGGACCACCGAUCAAAAGGUGCGCCGGGAGAUCGCCAUCAUGAAAAAGUGCAGCCACCAGAACGUGGUUCAGCUCAAGGAGGUGAUCGACGACCCGCAGAGCAAGAAGAUCUUCAUGGUGCUCGAGUACAUGGAGGGCGGCGAGAUUGUCUGGAAGGAGGAGGCGGGCCGGCCGACGCUGACCGUCGACGAGUGCCGGCGCACGCUGCGCGACGUCGUCUGCGGCCUCGAGUACCUCCACUACCAGGGCAUCAUCCACCGCGACAUCAAGCCGGCCAACCUGCUGCUCGACCGCGAGCGGCGCGUCAAGAUCUCCGACUUUGGUGUGUCCCACUUCAGCUACGCCAUGAUGCUGGCCAACGAGCAGGCCGACGUCAUCGCCAGCGGGCUUGCAGGUGGGCCGUCUGCCACUCCGAACCUGUCCGACGACCACGAGCUGGCAAAGACGGCGGGCAGCCCGGCGUUUUUCGCACCGGAGCUCUGCACGGCGGGCGACUCGUCGAUCGCCGGUACGCCCGCCGAGGGCGGCAGCGGCGAAAGCUCUCCUGGGCAGCUCGGCCGGGCGAGGAGGCCGCCAAUCACCAAGGCGAUCGACGUCUGGGCGCUCGGCGUCACGCUCUACUGCCUCCUUUUUGGCCAUACGCCCUUCACGGCGGAGAGCGAGUUUGCCCUCUUCGCCGUGAUCCCGACCACCGAUUACGCCAUCCCCACGUUUGCCGGCGCAGACCGCCUGCGGAUCGGGCCGCGGAAGCCGCGGUGGAAGUCGGCGUGCCAGUGGAUGGACGAGGAGUCGGAUGCCCAGCCCGAGACGCCCACCGACCUGGUGCCCGACGUGCGGGUCGAGGAUCUGUCCGAGGACGCCCGCCAGCUGCUCGACCUGCUCGACCGGUUGUUGGACAAGGAUCCGACCCGGCGCAUCAAGCUGGAAGAGGUCAAGCAGCAUCCCUGGAUCACCCGCGGCCUCGAAGAUGCGCCUGCCUGGCUCUCCGAGACCGACCCGCACCAGCAUCCGUUUGUCGAGAUCACUCACGCCGAUGUCGAAGGCGCCCUGACCGGCUUCUCCAAGUUUAAGCAAAAGGUCAAGCGCUGGCAGUCCAAGAUCUUCGAGUCGCUAGGUGGAGGCCACCGCAAGCGCAGCCACACGGUCUCCCACGCCGCCAGCGGCGACGAGAAUCACGAUGGGCUCAGCAACGCCUCCAACUCGCCUGUCAUUGGAGCGGGUCCCCUGCACCUACCGGGUGGCGGUUGCGACGGCGACGGCGAUUCAGCCUCACACCGGACGAGCCGCGCCCACGGAUCCUCGGCGCCCUCGACGACAGCGAUGCGAACGCCUCGCACGCCGCUACUCGGCAGGCCGCACUACUUCUUCUCGCGGAGGCAGAGUGCCCAGUCGAUCGGCAAAACGGCCGUGUCGCACUCGAUGACGCCGAUGACCAGCACAGGUGCGGGCAGCGUGGCCAGCAGCAACCGCGAGGCCGCUCCCACGUCGCAACACACCUCGCCCUUGAAGGGUGCGGCGAGGGCCCACUGCCCAAGCGUGCCUAGCAGCCGGCCCACCUCGCCACGACAAGCGACGGCGCCGGCGCAUGCUCUGGGCGCCGCAGAGCCUCGCCAUCCCAGCCAGCUUGUCCCUCCCACCGUUCAGCGUCGAUCCUCAAGCCGGUCGACGACGACGUCGAAAUUGCACCCAUCAAACGCCGAGACAUCGCCUUCGCUGGUCGCAGCGGCAGAUCCGCCCUCGAGAAGGUCAUCGGACACGCACAGCAAGCUCUCUGCAGCCGAGGCGAGCCUUCACGCCGUCGUCCAGCAGCACCAGCAGCACCAGCACCAGCACCAGCACGGACCUGCGGUAGCAGGGUCGGGCCCUUCCGAGGGUCCCGGUUCCGGCAGCGUGCGCCUGCAGUCGCCCGAGAUGGAUAGCACCUCGCACUGCGAGAGCUUGGCGGCGCCAUCGAGCCAGGACUGCCACGCACCGGUCCGGCAGAGGGUCUCGAUCGACUCGGUGGGCCGGUCGUCGAUGGCCAGCGUCUCGCAAACGUCCAAGGCAUCUCACCGGCAUCGGCUGGGCGAAUUUCUGCGGGGAUCCUGGCUGCACCAUGGCGAGGCAGUCCGGCGCAGCCGUUCGAGGCCCGACACGAUGAGCUCACGCGGAGCCGCCUCGCCCGUCCUCAGCAGCAGCAACGGCCACCAGUCUCAUGGCCAUCAGCAGCAGCAGCAGUGGCAGCACCACCUUGGGUCUGCACAACCGCCAGCAGCAACGAAGCUUGCCACGCCAGAGCUUCGCAUCGAUGCGGCCGGUGCAGCGGAGCAGCUUGGACCGCGACAAGAGGCCGGAAUGCCGACCAGCGCACCACUCCUGUCUGGCAGGCGGUCGUCGAUGGGAGGCGCCUCGAUGUCGCCAGACCUCUCGUCCGACUGCCUCGUCAACGGCCGCUUCGCUCCCUUUGCUGCCAUGAGCCAACCGACGUCACCGCCGAUGGGAUCCAACACGCUGCCCUUUGGCGGCUGCGGAGCGCAGCUCGGACGCGUUUCCUCGACCGACAGGCGGCCGAUGGUCGACCUCGGCCACGACGACGUCGAUCUCGACCUGGAUCUGUCCGACGACGACGACGACGACGACUUUGCCGGCGAGGACGAUGACGACGACCCGCGGCCGUCGGGCAUUGCUCUGGCCUCCAACGACGGCACCGGCUGGAAGUUCCGGCACGAUGUCGCCUACCUGCCCGAGAUCAUGCAGCAGGUGCGGUCCGACGUGGGCUCUCAGGAGCUGCUGACGCCGUCGGUCGAGGGCGGCUACAAUGUGACCAAGCCACCGUACCGUCACCUGCAGCCGCAGCCCGACCAUCCGGAUUCGAGCGCAGCGGCCGAGAGCCUGCACCACGGCCUGACGAUGCUGGCGCUCAACAGCGAAGGGGCCUCGCUGCCGACUUUUGAGCUGCAGCCGGACCUGUCGGGCGAGGCCGAGGCGCUGCGGCGCGCCGAGGCGAUCGAGCAGAGCGAUGGCGAUGCCGUUGCCCCCACAGCCGGGUCGCACUCCACCGAAGCCUCGCGUCCGCCCUCGCAGAUGGGUUCGGUCCCCGAAGGCCACGCCGUCGCUGGGUGCAACGGCUCGGCGACUUUGCCGCGACCGAGCUCGGACGGCGUUGCCGUGCCCGCCAGUGACGACCAGUUUGCCGACGCUGACGAGGCCAAGGUGGCGCCCGCGGUGCUGAAUGCCGAUGGGACCGUCGCCGCCGCCGCCGACGACGACGACGACGAUGCCGACAGCGACGAGAUGUGCGUCAGCUUCCAGGCGCGCAAGAAGUCGAGCCGCAUGCUGCACCAGCGCGGCGGCGGCGGCGGCGGCCUCAAGAAAGCCUAG